AUGAACAUCAGCUCCGUGAAGCUAGAGACAAACCCUAGCGCAACCGCGUUCAGGUCUCUGAACGGAAACGUUCGGAGCUACACAACGACCGGACUUUCUCACGUCUCUCUUCACCACCACUCAUACCACCGGAGAAAUGCUUCAAUUUCAUGUUCAGCUUCUCCGAUCGUAACCCUGGAAGAAAGGAAGGGUGAAAUACCGAGUCGAAUCGGGUCAUUAGGUCAGGUAUCGGGAGUGUUGGGUUGCCAGUGGGGUGAUGAAGGCAAGGGCAAGCUCGUUGACAUCUUGGCAAAGCACUUCGACGUCGUUGCUCGUUGUCAGGGUGGAGCAAACGCCGGACACACUAUCUACAACUCGGAAGGAAAGAAAUUCGCGCUUCAUCUUGUUCCCUCAGGGAUUCUCAACGAGGAGACGAUGUGUGUAAUAGGAAAUGGAGUUGUAGUCCAUCUUCCUGGACUUUUCCAAGAAAUUGACAACCUUGAAUCCAAUGGGGUUUCAUGUAAGGGAAGGAUCUUAAUUUCAGAUCGAGCUCACUUAUUAUUCGAUUAUCAUCAAGAAAUAGAUGGACUUCGAGAAGCUGAGCUAGCUAAAUCCUUCAUUGGCACUACCAAGAGAGGAAUCGGGCCAUGCUACUCCAGCAAGGUCAUCCGUAAUGGCAUAAGAGUAUGCGAUCUGAAGCAUAUGGACACCUUUCCUGAUAAGCUUGAUCUUUUGUUAUCAGAUGCAGCUUCAAGAUUCCAGGUUCAUUACAUGAAUGAAUCCAUUUCACAAAAGAAGAAGAUUCUUGUAGAAGGUGGUCAAGCAACUAUGUUGGAUAUUGAUUUUGGGACUUACCCUUUUGUCACAUCUUCAAGUCCUUCAGCUGGUGGAAUCUGUACAGGACUUGGGAUUGCUCCUAGAGUCCUUGGUGAUGUGAUUGGUGUGGUAAAAGCAUACACUACUAGAGUUGGGUCUGGACCUUUUCCUACAGAGCUGCUGGGUGAGGAUGGUGAUCUUCUCCGGCAAGCUGGGCAGGAGUUUGGCACCACCACCGGCCGCCCUCGCCGGUGUGGUUGGCUUGAUGUAGUUGCUCUGAAAUAUGGUUGUCAAAUUAAUGGGUUUUCUUCUCUGAAUUUGACCAAACUUGAUGUGUUAUCGGAUCUUUCUGAGAUUAAGCUUGGUGUUUCUUAUAAGCAUACAAAUGGGACACCUAUGAAUUCGUUUCCUGCUGAUUUAACUGAUCUUGAGGAGUCAAAGGUGGAAUAUGAAAGUAUGCCAGGGUGGCAGGCUGAUAUUUCGUCUGUAAGGAGCUAUGCGGAUCUUCCAAAGGCUGCACGUGAGUAUGUGGAAAGAAUAGAAGAACUUGUUGGUGUUCCGAUUCAUUACAUUGGUGUUGGACCUGGACGUGAUGCUCUUAUAUACAAAUGA